AUGAGGUACUUUCAUGUAGGAACCCUGAAUGUGAGUGACAGUGCAGUCCUCAACCACGUGCAGUACCAAAGUGGAAUUGUCUUUCAUAGCCCAUUCUAACAGCUGAUUUGUCCUCAGGGCUAAAAAAAAACCAGUGGAUCCUCGACUGAAGAAACUAUGUAUAACUUGAGCUGUUACAACCCUAGUUCCUUUAUCCUUGUUGGAAUACCUGGCCUGGAGAAGUUCCACAUAUGGAUUGGGAUUCCCUUUUGUGUCAUCUAUGUCGUGGCUAUUGUGGGCAAUUCCAUCCUCCUCUACCUCAUUGCAGUCGAGCACAGCCUCCAUGAGCCCAUGUUUUUCUUCCUCUCUAUGUUGGCUACCACAGACCUCGUCUUGUCCACUGCCACAGUGCCCAAACUUCUCAGUAACCUCUGGCUUGACUCUCGGGAAAUAACCUUCUCUGGUUGUCUCACCCAGAUGUUCUUCCUCCACUUCAGCUUUGUGGUGGACUCAGCCAUUCUGUUGGCCAUGGCAUUCGAUCGCUAUGUGGCCAUCUGCUUCCCCUUGAGAUAUACCACCAUCCUGACUCCACAAGUGAUCAUCAAGCUUGCGGUGGGCACUGUUGUGAGGAGCUUCUCUGUUAUCCUGCCAGAUGUUUUUCUGCUGAAACGGUUACCCUUCUGCAGGACACGUAUCAUCCCACACACAUACUGUGAGCAUAUAGGGGUUGCUCGGCUUUCCUCUGCUGACAUCUCCGUCAACAUCUGGUAUGGAUUUUCUGUGCCUCUCAUGACUGUCAUCUCAGAUGUGAUCUUUAUUGCUAUUUCCUAUACCUUCAUCCUCCGUGCUGUCUUUCACCUCUCAUCUCAGGGAGCCCGCCAAAAGGCCCUCAGCACCUGUGGCUCUCAUGUCUGUGUUAUCCUCAUGUUUUAUACACCUGCCUUCUUCUCCAUCCUUGCUCAUCGCUUUGGACACAGUGUCCCUCAAAAAAUUCUCAUUCUAUUUGCCAAUCUCUAUGUGGCCAUUCCUCCUGCUCUAAAUCCUAUUAUUUAUGGGGUGAAGACAAAGCAGAUUCAGGAAAAAUUUAUUCUCCUUUUCUCUUUGAAGAAGACACAGUGA